AUGGCUAAGAAACUCACAAAGGGGUGGCAGUCCCGGCUGCAGGAGAGACUGGGGGGUCUUACCAGCACCUCUCGGUCAGAGGAGAGUAACAGUGUGGGAAGGUUUGACGGAGACAGCACCACGUCAGAGACAGGAAGUCUUACUACCAACACACCCAGAAAGGCAUGGACGCCAUCUAACCUGAACAGUCCUGAGACUUUGGACAUUGGCUCGCACCUCACCACCCACACACAGCACUUGAUCCCAGACCUGUUGGAGGAUGUUGUGGAUGGAGAACCUGGCUGUGUUCUCACCUGUUCCACUUACCCUGGACCAGCUGGGGAGCCUAGCCAACAGGAGGAGGAGAAUCCUGGACCAGCUGGGGAGCCUAGCCAACAGGAGGAGGAGGAUCCUGGACCAGCUGAGGAGCCUAGCCAACAGGGGGAGGAGGAUCCUGGACCAGCUGAGGAGACUAGCCAACAGGAGGAGGAGGAUCCUGGACCAGCUGAGGAGCCUAACCAACAGGAGGAGGAGGAUCCUGGACCAGCUGGGGAGCCUAGCCAACAGGAGGAGGAGGAUCCUGGACCAGCUGAGGAGCCUAGCCAACAGGAGGUGGAGAAUCCUGGACCAGCUGUGGAACUUAGCCAACAGGAGGAGGAGAAUCCUGGGCCAGCUGGGGAGCUUAGCCAACAGGAGGAGGAGGAUCUUGGACCAGCUGGGGAGCCUAACCAACAGGAGGAGGAGAAUCCUGGGCCAGCUGGGGAGCUUAGCCAACAGGAGGAGGAGGAUCUUGGACCAGCUGGGGAGCCUAACCAACAGGAGGAGGAGAAUCCUGGACCAGCUGUGGAACUUAGCCAACAAGAGGAGAAGAAUCUUGGACCAGCUGGGGAGCCUAGCCAACAUGAGGAGGAGAAUCCUGGAUGUCUCAGGGGAAGGACAAGGUCACAACAGGAGGAAGACCCAGCUACCUCCUCCAGCAUAAAGGAGGAAGAGGACGAAGAGAAGGAGAGGGGCACAACCCGUUUAGCCAUCUGUGGACUCAUGGACCACAGUAAAGAAUACUAUUACCAGGAUCAUGACCCCUCCAGCUCUGAGCGAGUCAGGUGUGUGGCAGUGAGCUGGCAGGCUCAGGACACCCAGAACCAAGACCAGCACAAAAACAGCAUGACCCGAAUACAGAUGGCCGAUGGAAUAAACCUGUCUGACUCUGAAAAGAGCCCCUCCCUCAAGCAGCAAGCUCUGGAGGCUGAGCUGUGCCCCUCGCCACCCGGAACCCCUCAGGAGGACCUGGAUCACCCCCCUUGUACCAAGGACCACCAGAACCUAACCCCAUCUCUCCACUCCCUCCCAAAACAGGAACAGGACAUCAUCAGUACUUCACUGAUAGAAGCUAGUCCGGUCCAGAGGCCCUCCGUGUCUCUCUCUGAGGGCAGUAGCAGUGAGUGUCUGAUGACCCCUAGUCCCAGUCCUCUCCUUCAGCGUCUUGCAGUGGGUGACUGUCCCGUACCGUCCCCCCGCAGCCACAACCUCAGCUUGGGCCAUCGCUUCAACACGGACCCUGAAACGGCUCCCUCCCCACCCUGCUCACAACACAUCAGGAUGGCUCACUACACAGUGAGGACUGAACCAGCAGAGGGCGCUAACAAGGCCCCAUCGGUCACAACGCUCAACAGACACAUCCAGAAUGUGAGGAAGAGGAUCAGACGCUUCGAGGAGCACUUUGAGCAAGAGAGACAGUACAGGCCAGCACACAAUGAUAGGACUGCCCAUCCUGAGGUGUCUAGACUGAUGCGGGACCUCACCAAGUCUCGAAAGCAGCUCAAAGAGCUGAAGCUGAAACAGUGUGCAGAGGGGCUCAGAGAGCAGCACAAAGGGGGAAACACAGGGACAUGCAGGUCCACAAGUGAACCCAAGGGACCGAUGGAACACUACCACAACAGUAACAACAAACCCUCACUGGAGGAGACCAUUGAUAGCCUGAUGAAGAGACUGAUGGAGAAACGAGAGGAGGAGGAACUGCCUGAUAACAUCAAGGAGAUGACUCCAGCUCAGAUGGCUGUGGAGAAGGUCACCCUGCAGAAGUGUCUGCUCUACUUUGAGAGCCUGUAUGGGCGACCGAGCACCAGACAGGAGAAGACUCUGAUGAAGCCUCUCUAUGAUCGCUACCGCCAGGUCAAACAGCAGCUCCUGUGUUCACCCACCACCAUCCCUGUCAUCACCACCAUAGAGGAAGAGGAGGGUUCUGAUGAAGAGUGUGUGAAGGACAGCACCUGGCUACCUCAUACAGCGCUGCGUUGUGUGUCUUCAGAUGAGUCACUGCGUCUGCCGCAUAGUGAAGUGGCCAAUAUGCCCCUGGUGUCACCUCUGGAGGAGAUCAAAGGUCUACAGCCGCCCAGUGUCACCACGGCAACACUGCACGAGGCAUCAAGGUCAGAGUUACUGGAGCAGCUGAGGGUGACGCGAGCUGAGAAGAAGAGACUCCGUUCAGCUCUCCGAGUCUUUGAGGACCACUUCUACACACAGACCGGCCGGGCUGCCCAGAAAGAGGACCAUGGGCCCAUGGCAGAGGAGUACUGCGAGUACAAGAACUUAAAAGCUAAACUCCGUUUGCUAGAAGUCCUGCUCAGUAAACGGGCUACUCCGAAGACUGUUUGAGCCUCCUUCACAGUGGGACUUUUAUUUUGAAACAGUUUUUUUUGGCUCACUU